UCUCCUCCUCCCACUACUAAUCCAAAACCCUCCCUUCUUUCUCAAACGCUCUCUCUGCAACCAGAGAGAGACCCCCCCCCCCCCACUCCCAAUGGCCCCAAAUCCCCAUUUUACCCCUACCCAUUUCCUCUACUUGUUCCUCUUCCUUGCUUCACUCCCUUCCGCUCUCUCCAUCAACAUCACCGCCCUCCUCUCCCCCUUCCCCGACCUCUCCGACUUCACCUCCCUCCUCUCCUCCGCCAUCUCCUCAGAUCUCUCCCUCCGCUCCUCCCUCACCCUCCUCGCCGUCCCCAACUCCUUCCUCUCCUCCAUCUCCGACCUCACGCGCCACCUCUCCCCCUCCUCACGCGCCGACGUCCUCCGCUACCACGUCCUCCUCCAGUACCUCUCCCCCUCCGACCUCACCCGCCUCCCCCCCUCGGGUAAAAUCAUCCCCACGCUCUACCAGACCACCGGACGCGCCACCAACGACUUCGGCUCCGUCAAUCUCACGCGCGACCCCGCCACCGGGAUCGUCUCCGCCCGCUCCCCGGCCACAUACUCCCCCUCAAACGCCACCGUUCUGGGCCUCGUCAAGACCCUCCCUUACAAUGUCACCAUCUUCUCCGUUAAUUCCCUCCUUGUCCCUUACGGCUUCGACCUCAUGGCCUCCGAGACCCGGCCCCCUUUGGGCCUCAACAUCACCAAGGCCCUCAUCGACGGCCACAACUUCAACGUCGCGGCCUCCAUGCUCGCCGCGUCCGGCGUCGUCGAGGAGUUCGAGGCCGACGAGGGCGGCGCCGGAAUCACGCUCUUCGUCCCGACCGACACCGCUUUCUCCGACCUCCCGGUAAACGUGAGGCUCCAAUCAUUGCCGGCGGAUAGAAAAUCAGUGGUCUUGAAGUUCCAUGUGCUCCACUCCUACUACCCACUGGGCUCGCUCGAGUCGAUUGUGAACCCGGUCCAGCCCACAUUGGCCACUGAGCUGGUCGGAGCCGGUUCCUAUACUCUCAACAUCAGCAGGAACAAUGGCUCAGUUUCUAUCAACACCGGAAUCAUCCAGGCCUCGGUGACCCAGACCGUUUUCGAUCAGAAACCGGUGGCGAUUUUCGGAGUGUCGGAAGUCUUAUUACCCAAAGAGAUAUUUGGGGGCAGCCCAGUAGUGACAUCCAAGCCCGGGGCACCGAUUUCCGGUGUCUCAGCACCUCCGGACAGUGCUCCUUCGCCGGACAGUUCAAUGAGUGGGCAGGAACUGUCUUUGCCUCCUGGUUUUAAGGAGAUCAAAUCGGAAGCUGCCGCAAUUACUGGGCUGUGGAGGUUGGUGGUUGCUUCAUGUUGUAUAGGAUUGUAUCUAAUGGUAUGAGAUUUGUUUUUUUUUUUUGCUUGUUUAGAUUUUUUCUUCUUCUUCUUUCACACAUUGAAUUGAAUUGGGGCUGCUAAAACGAAGCAGCCGGCCGUUUUUGUUUUUGUUAGAAUUUUUACCUGAAUAAUUUUAUGUACAUCAGAAAGAACCAUUUUUUUGUUUCUUGGAUCUUGCGGCAUUUGCAGUUGUAAAGCAGUUCAAAGUUUGAUCCAGUACUGUGUGGUUUUACCAAUCUGAUGUCUCUCUCUCU